AUGGAGCAAAUCAACUCCGGCUACAUCAACAAUGUUCUUCUUUACGAUCAAAUAAUCUCCGACACCAUACGCGAUCACCCGGCACCAUCUCAUCCGGAAUUCAUAAUCGGUAUCCACUUCUAUCUGCAACCGAUCUCGCAAUCGUACGUUGUAAACGUAGAUUCCGGGGAGCCGGAGUUGACCGGAAGUUACCCUUACCCUACCGUGGAAGAUCAAGUCUUCCUGAAGCUGUGCGAUUUCUUAAACCGCCAGAGGGCGCGCGACAUCAUCAGAGAGAAGCUUAGCCAAUCGUUCAUGAUCGGGGACGAAUUCCUGCACAAUUGGAUUGAGGCGGUGCUCGAGAAAACGAGGGCGAUUGUCGGGUCCAUGCCGGCCGAGCACAACAUCGUGCUGGUUGUGUCCCCGGCUAGGUUUAGCUGCCAGUCCGUGUAUGAUCCCAGGUUGCCGGCGUUGGCGGAGGAGGAGACGGCGGUGGAAGAAUAUUACGAGGAUAUUAAUUAUAUGGUUCGUGCGGCGGAGGAUUGGAUUGAUCGGGUCUUGGUGAAGAGGACGGUGGCAGAAUAUUCUUCUUCCAACGACGACGAAGAUGGCGGUUUCGGGACUUGUACGGUUUGCUUGGAGGGAUUUUCCAACGAAGCUUAUUCGAUGCCGUGCGGGCAUUAUUUUCACGGAGAUUGCAUCCGGGAGUGGCUGAGGACUAGCCACUCCUGCCCCGUUUGCCGUUACGAGGUUCCAACGAUAACGACGACGACGAUAGAGAUUUUGUAUUGA